GGCCCAUUUGAAAACCCUACUAUGAUAAUUUUAUCAUAUCACAUAAAUAACCAUCAUCAGCGGCCGUAAGGAGGGUUUUCUCUGCAGCUUGGGAUAUUCCGCCAUUGAAGAUGACAUUCAAGCGUAGAAACAGUGGACGCAACAAGCACGGUCGUGGCCAUGUCAAGUUCAUCCGUUGUUCCAACUGUGGAAAAUGCUGCCCUAAGGAUAAGGCUAUCAAGAGGUUUCUUGUGAGGAACAUUGUUGAGCAAGCUGCUGUUAGAGAUGUUCAAGAAGCUUGUGCCUUUGAGUCUUACACUUUGCCCAAGCUUUACUUGAAGAUGCAAUACUGUGUAUCAUGUGCCAUUCACUCUAAGGUUGUUAGGGUUAGGUCUCGUGAAGAUAGGAGAAACCGUGAGCCACCACAGCGUUUCAGACGCAGGGAGGAUCAACCUAAGGCUGGACAACAAGGAGGUGCACCUGGUGGUCCACGCCCAUCUGGGCCGCCUGCAGCAGCUCGAACUUGAGAGGCUCGAGAGUCUGGCUCUAGGUUUUUGUCUAUCUGGAGCUUAAUUUCUUCAACCUUUCAUUUUUGAAACUAGUAUUUUGCUUUGAACCUAAAUUCAAGAAGUAUAGACACUCAUGGUUUGUUGAUUUAUGUUGUCAGACUCUUUACAUCAGUUUUUAUGUUUUUGAAGGUUUUGAUUUUUGUUUGAUUA